AUGGGAAAAAUCCUGCACAGGUGGGUAUUUGAAAAAAAUGAAUUUUCUCUUUUUUUAAGUGAGGAAGCCGGCAAGUUGGUAAUUGAUGUACAUAAAAGCUUACGCGCGGAAAUUGCAAAGAUAAAAAGAUGCCUGCCAUUUUUUUCCGACAUUUCCAUGUAAUUUAUUUGAAUGAUGUGUGAAGAGUCGGUUUGGUUUUUGAAUAUUCCAGUUUCUUGUUGAAUUUUUUCAAGCACCCCCAUUUGAAAAUUUGUACCCCUUUUUCUUGGAACUGGAUUUUUUUGCCCUUUAUGUAGAAUUUUAAUUUUUCAGAUUGUUUCAGUUGUUUAUAUUAGAAAAAUCUCUAGGCAUUUUUUUCGCGUUCUACCGAGAAAUUUGCCAAAUUUAAAAGCUAUUUUUUUAUUGAAUUUUUUUAAUGUCAUUCCAUUCACUCGCGCCCUUUCUGAAAAGGAAUCGACCCCCACGAAUUUCGGCUUCUUUUUCAGUUUUGCGCUCACCAAACUCUUUUCAAGGGGACAGUUUUGUUUUAAAUACUCAGAUAUUAUUAUGAAAUAAGAGAAAGAAAUCUCUUUGAUAGAUUUCUCAAGUAUUUUUUUAUAGUUGAAUGAAUGCCAAAAAAAUAGAAUGACCAUGCCUCUUUACGACAUCGUUUGAGAGACGCGUGGUUUGAAAAAAACGGGUUCUCCGAUUUGGCAAAGAAAAAAAUACAUCAGUUUAGUUGAUUAGAAGUUAUAUCAAAUGUUGCUUUAUUUUAUAAAAAUAGGAAAAAUAUUCGAAUUCUCCAUACUGUUGGAAAGCUCCAUUUUGUCCAAAGAUUUGAAUCAAUUUUUUAAAAUUGAAUCAGGAAUAUUUUCGAAUUUUUGAAUGGGUCCAUGUUUUCAUUAUAACCGUUAAAAAGAUAUGACAAGUUAAAAAAAUAUCUCCUAUCAGUUUAUUUUUCAUUUGAUUUGCUAGAGGCGAUAAAGAACUAGACGUUUUUUCUUUGUUUUUUUGAGUAGUUUAUUUUAAAGAUGUCGGAGAGCCCCUUUGAAAAUAGGAGAAAACUGACAAGAUCCGGAUACUCUAUUAAUAAGUGAUGGUGUAAGCAGUACUUGCGGAAAAAGCCGCUAUUUAUAAGUUGUGCCGGAACGUGAAGUUGUCUUGCGACUGAGGCUGGCUCGAACUGUAUACGUUUGGACCCUCCUCGCGUCUGCACUUUGCGCUUGCAUCUCUCACGCCAAGCCACGCCCACAAUCUCUCUGCCUCUCGACGUCUGGACAGCCCUCCCGUUCAGACCGCGUUUCCCGAAUCCUCCCUUUCUUCUGGUCCCUGAAGCAUCAAUCCACGUAACGUCACGAAACUGGUUACCAUACAAUCAAGAGCCAAGCCAACGGCGCCGUUGCCGCACCAUCGACGGCUCGGGCUGAUGGCGCCGGGGGACGAAGAGAAGUGGCCACGACGUUCUGCCAGCACCUCGACGUCCUGCGACGACUGCGUUCACCGGCUUUUCCGGGCUGGUCACCUCAAACCGCCAAAGUCGCUCGCCGGCUCUCCUGAUGACGAGUCUUCUUCGACGACGACUCGAUCCUCUUCUUCGGCCUCCGCCGCCAACUUUGCCCAGGGCGUUUUCCCAAUAACGCGAGCUACACCGCUCCGUGGAGGCCUCACCGCCGGAUUGGCCGUGAAGAAACGUCGCAGCUCCUCGUCUCCAGAAGACUCGACUCGGGAGAAGAUUCCCCACAUUGAACGUGAGCAACGGUUCUGCAUCGCCGUCGCCGCUGCCGCCGCACCAACCUCGACGUCGUCGGCGUCGGCUUCGGCAGCUCUACACGAUCUCCAACAGCCGUCCACCUCCGGCUCUUCUUCGCCUUUGGAUCGCUUCUCCUCCAUAAAGAACAUAAUGAAACGCAGUGCUUCCGAGGGCAAAGACAUCAACCUCACCGCCGAACUGUUUUGGAUCAAGACGCAGCUCUCCGACCACUGGUCCAUGAAGUGGAUGUGGCAG